AUGGCAUUCAGACUUGUUAACUCUACCAUUGGAAUCGCUCCAAGACUAAACCAGACGGUAUUAGGCUUAAAAAGUGUUGGUAACGUUAGAGCAGUAACUAUAUUCCAAGUUGCUAGUUUUCAUGCAAGUCGAGCUGCUGGUCUUCAGACCACAAAAGUUGUCAGAGAUGGUGCGAGUAAUUUUACUCCCUCCCUUCACCUUUAUAUCCUCUUGCUCUCUCACUACCGCUUACAAGGCUUUAUAAAAGGCUCGGUGAACGAUGCAGCAGUUCUUCCGGCAAGGGACAAAUUCUUCGGCUCCUACCACUGGUUUUUUGAACGUAUGAUCUCCAUUAGCCUCAUCCCUCUCACUGCAGCCUCUGUAGUUCAGGGUGCCCAUCCGAUCACUGACCUUCUUCUCGGCGUCGUGCUUCCCAUUCACUGUCAUGUUGGAUUCGACGCCAUCAUUACCGAUUAUCUUCCUGCCAGAAAGACACCCACGUUGAACAAGUUGAGUACUUGGGGUUUAAGAGGUGCAACAUUGCUUGUACUUAUCGGGUGCUAUCAGUUUAACACUAAUGAUGUUGGGAUGACUGAAUUGGUUAAGAGAGUCUGGCAUGCUUAA